UCCUCUGAGAACCAGCCACCGGGACGCUCUGUUACACUGGGACGUUUUCUGGCUUCUUCUGCUGCUUAUUUUUGGCAUUUUUUUAAAAUUUCCCAAAAGACUGGACCGUCCUUAUAACCAUGAAGGAAAGGAGAAAUACACAGCCGCUGGUGGUGAGAUGUAAACUGGUUCUGGUAGGAGAUGUUCAAUGCGGAAAAACGGCGAUGUUGCAAGUCCUUGCCAAGGACUGUUAUCCAGAGACCUACGUGCCCACGGUGUUUGAAAACUACACAGCCUGUCUGGAGCUGGAGGAGCAGCGCGUGGAGCUGAGUCUGUGGGACACUUCAGGGUCUCCAUACUAUGACAAUGUGAGGCCCCUGUGCUACAGUGACUCAGAUGCAGUGUUGCUGUGUUUUGACAUCAGUCGCCCGGACACUGUGGACGGCAGCCUGAAAAAGUGGAAAACUGAGAUCCUAGACUUUUGUCCAAGCACACGCAUCCUGCUGAUCGGCUGUAAGACCGACCUGCGCACAGACGUCUGCACGCUGAUGGAGCUGUCCAAUCAGAAACAGACUCCCAUCGCCUAUGAGCAGGGCUCUGCGAUGGCCAAGCAGCUGGGUGCAGAGGCUUACCUGGAGUGCUCAGCAUUCACCUCAGAGAAAAGCAUCCACAGCGUCUUCCGUACGGCCGCGCUGGCCUGCAUCAACAAGCUGCAACCCCUCCCAAAGCCCAGCCCCACCCGUCGCCUCUCCAAAAGACUUCUCCACCUGCCCAGCAAGUCAGAUUUGCUCUCCUCCACCUUCAAGAAGGAGAAGGCUAAGAGCUGCUCAGUCAUGUGAGUGGAGACGUAUUGGGUUACACCUCUCACAUGCGACCCCCUGCCCCCUGCCUCUUUGGUCUCGGGGAAGGGGGGGUGGGCACGAUGGCUUUAUCAGGGCAUCCUGCUGAAUCCUUCCCUCACCCCCCCAGAAACCAAACACCCGUCAGAAGAGGUGGACACCUCGCUGUCCACUUGCUCCUGAACCUUUUAGCGCACAUCCAUCUUUUUCCACAACUGUUAAUCUUGCUUUUGAACAAACAGUAUUAGUCAAGGUUUGAUCAUCAAGCUACCAUUUCUCACCUGUUAACAGUAUGCAACUACAAUGGUGUUACAUCUGUUUUUACUCUCUCUAGGCACAUGUUGAUUUUGUCCAAAUUGGAAGUGUGCAACGUGUGACGUUUAAUAUUGAUGUAAAUGCCUCUCAGACAAUUCAGUGGAUAUUUUUCUAAAAACAAAAAUAAAUCUAGCAUGAAACUGUCAGGAAUUAGCAGAAUCCUGAACAUCCCUCUUAGUAAGGUCUGUGAGGUAUGAAAUAGCUUGUCACUGGUGUCCCCAUUUAGGCCUGUGAAAGUGCAGAGAUGUACAGCGGUAGAGGAAGAGUGGGACAAGCUACAGUGAGAGCUAUUACAUGGAAGGCUGUUCUCAUUGUCUCAGUGGCGAUGAGAGCGCAGAUAUGAGUGAUCUGUGAGCGCAGACCGCCGUGCAGACAGCAGUGUAGACUAUAUCAACCUGCAUGGAUUGUUGAUGCCUGGUUGUGUAGCUCUGGACAGCUCCACAGGCUUUUAAGUGGACUGAGAGGAGGCUUCACUCAAACAUAAAGGGAAGUUAAGCUGGGCUUCCAGUGUCACUGUUGUCACAGCUGGAGACUAUUUUAAAAUACUGGUGACAGAGCAGACACAAUUUAAUAAGGUAAAGAAAAAAUACUUUGGUUGUAAUCAGGAGCAUAAUUACAAAUGAUUUGACGCCGAGCUGUCAUGUGAUAUUUUCGAUGAUGUGGCUGCCAACUGGCACCAGCCCGGCUGCUCAUGGGAAAAUCUGGGUCGUAGAUUUCAAUAGUCUUUGGAAUAGAUUUGUAGCAUUGCAUUGUUGACAGCUUUUCAGCAAUUCUUAAAUGGUAUGCAGUUCUGAAAAAUGCCUUUCAUAUCAUGGUCCCAGAAGUUAUUUCAGAAUUUUUUGAACUAACGUGCCUGUGGGUUUCUCUCAUUUGCAACAAUCCAAUGUAGCACUCCCAAUGACUCCCCUGAUUCUAUACUCUUCCAAGGUUUCUCUUCUUUCUGUGUCGUACACUCUUGUUAAUCUAUUGAUCUCCAAUAAGCAGCACUUACUGUAGGAUACAGUGAAUAUGGAGCAAAAAUUGGACCCUUUUCCUGAGCUUAAAUCUUUGGCUUCAUGGUUAUGUGUGUGUGCAGCAUUGAUCUCUGUGCUUUUAACCAUAAAGCAAUAAUGAUUUAAGUGCUUGUGAUGCAAGGUAACCUGUGUGGCAAUAAAAAUGCAGCUUUGUGAUAAAUGUCAUGCUCUAAUGCUCCACGGACAUCCAUGUAAUCGACUGAAACCAUAUCUGCUGUACAAACAGGCUGUUGAUCUGUGUUUGCCCCUCAAUGUAUGGUAUAUACAAUAACCAAUGACAACAUUGUGCUAUGAAAUAGAUCAAGGGAUGGGAAUGAGAGGGAACAAAUAUCUAGAACUGAAGAUGCUAGUCAGUUUUACAUAAUCAUAAUACAGAGUAAGGAGGUAGUAGAACUCAAAUAAGUUGCUUCAAUAACUUGACAGUGCAGCAUAUGCUUUUAACAUUGGGAAUCUACUUUGAAACCUUCAAAGUCUAACAAUCAUCUUGUAAAAAGGGCUAGUGCGUGGAAAAAAGGAAGUAAUGUGGGGCUUAGAAGAACAUGUGAAAUCAAAUGCACAGGCUGGCCCUGUCCAAAGAAAGCUAUUUUUCCAUUUUUUUUUUUUUUUUUUUUGUAGUUAGUGUCUGUUUUGUUAAUUUCUCUUCUGUUUAUUAUAUUUAAAAGCAUGAUGUGAGUCGUAUGUUGUUUUGGGAAUAUCUUCAUGAGGCGGCUGUAGUGUCUUUAUGAAGCUGUGGGCUGCCCUCGGUAGUCAGAGGAACCAGAAGUGGUGAUUUGCACAAAAGCUUCCAGUUCAUGGUCACACACCGAAUUCCUCAGCAUUGCCUAGCAACAAUUCAGUGUAGGAAACGGAGACCAACUCUCAGUUUGGUUCUGUGGACCAAGAGGGUUGGCUAAAAAGCAGACAUCCUCACAUCCAUUAUAGCAUCAGUUAUAUGCAUUAAUUGCGAGCUUGUACAAAGAUAUGUCUCAGUCCUUUUUCUUUGGGUAAGGAAGCUUAUACCAGGAUGUAUCGUUCUGAAGACGGAAUAGAUGUGUGGCUCAUGGACCAUGUCAGUUAAUAUGCAGCCUUUGUGUUGUAGUCAGUGUGUGGUACAAUGGUGCAGUCAAACUCCUAAGCAUGUCCUCUAUUAAAGUUGUAUGAUUGUACAUACCGUCUCUUGUUUUAUAAUCAUUGUAAGACAUCUUCAGGGAUGUCACAUGAAAAUGUUGUUGUAAAUGUGAAUAUUUAUUUGGUAGCUAUUUUGGCCUUUUUUUGGUUGACAUGUACAUUUGUUUUAAAUCUGUUUUGUAAAUUUGACCUUCUUUUUCUUUUUUGUUUGGAUUUUUUGCCAUGUUAAAUAAAGCUUGCCUUGUUCGGCACACUUGAA